CCCAAAACAAGCUCACUUCCGGUGCAGGUGGUGACGAGGGUAUUGUUAGUGUUUACGGGUGGUGGACGGUUGUACAUGUGGAGCAGUAGUUGUUAGCAGAAAUGGCUAUUUACUGACGUUCUUGGGGUUAAAUUUUAUCCCUCUAACAACAUGUGCCAGUGUGCAGCCUGUUGCUGCACCCAGGUGGCCUGCUGUUGUGGCUCAGUGGCCUGUUCCCUGUGCUGUGCAUGUUGCCCUUCCAUCAAUGAAUCCACCAGCACUCGUAUCAUGUACACAUUGUUCUAUAUACUGGGGACAUUAAUAGCAGUCCUCAUGCUCACACCACAGAUACAGGAAGAGCUGGUGGAAAAUAUGCCAUACUUCAAUGAAACCUGCAUGUUCCUGAAUGCAGGUCCAAACUGUAGGCGUUUGGUGGGCUAUAUGGCUGUAUACAGGAUAGGCUUUGCCAUGACGGCCUUCUAUCUGAUCUUUAUGGUCAUCACAUUUGGUGUUGCUACCAGCAAAAGUUGUAGGGCAGGAAUACAUAAUGGGUUCUGGUGCUUUAAGCUUCUAAUAUUUAUUGGGAUCAUAAUUGGCUCAUUUUUCAUUAAGAAUAAUAAAAUUAUAAGCCUUGUAUGGAUGUAUGUGGGAAUGGUUGGAGGCUUCAUAUUCAUUGUGCUGCAGUUACUGCUAUUGGUGGAUUUUGCACACACUUGGAAUGGAAAAUGGCUUGGGAAAACAAAAGGUGUAAAAGGGAACAGAUGUUGGCAUGGUGUUGUGAUAACAGUGGCUCUAGUAUUCUUCACCAUUGCCAUUGUGGGUAUAGCCUUUCUGUUUGUCAACUUCACCCACCCCAAUCCAAGGUUUUGUGUGAAGAAUAAAAUCUUUAUUGGGGUCAAUGCAGGACUGUGCUUACUCAUGUCACUUCUCUCUAUCACACCUUGUGUGAUGAAAAGUAAUCCUAAUUCUGGUUUACUCCAGUCUUCCAUAAUAUCAGUCUAUGUGAUCUACCUCACCUGGUCUGCCAUGACCAGUGAACCUCCAGAAAUUGUGCCUCAUGAUGACUCUUACCACAGGGAUGUGCCUACAAAGAUAGCAUCAGAGGGAAAACCUUUACCUUCAACCCCUCUUCCCUCUCCAGCGGGGGUGAUGGCAGAGGAGAAAACAAACCACACUGAGGUCUUAUGUCGCCCACCCUCAUUUAGUUUCUUAAGAUUUGAUGACACAGACAGGGCAGACAUGGUUGCAGCUUAUGUUGGCUUGUUUAUAACAUUAAUUAUGGCUAUAUAUGCAAGUCUGAGUACAUCUCACGAGUCCCAUCGGUUGGGUGUGGUCCCCAGUGAGCCACAUGACUGGUGUACAUGCUGUGCAGCACAAGAGUCAGAUGAAGUAGAUGGGGAGAACUACCCAAACUUGAUGCGUAAUGAAAAGGGUGGAGUGGUCUACAGCUAUUCUUUCUUCCACCUCAUGUUCUCAUUGGCCAGUUUGUAUAUUAUGAUGCAGCUCACUAACUGGUACAUGCCAGAAGAUGCUGACAUAAAUAGCUUUGGUUUCAACUGGUCGUCUGUGUGGGUGAAAAUGGCAUCUAGUUGGACAUGUGUCAUCAUAUAUGUAUGGACAAUGUUUUUACCAAAGUGUAUACCAGGCAGGGAUUUUUCUAUGAUUUAUUACAAAGAGCCACAAGAAGAGGAAGCUAGAGAUGAAGAAACACCUAUGAACGAAAGGUCAAGGAGGUCAAAAGGGAAAGGUCAAAAAGGCAAGGCCAAAAAAGGAAAGAAAGGGAGAGCAUCAGAAACAGUAGUUUGAUCAUUUGCAAAUAUGUCAUAGUAUGAAAUAUAUGCUAUUUUCUGCACUGAGAAUGGGUGAUUUUGAUCACACAGAACAGAUAAUGAUGCAUUUUUUUGCUUAGAGCAGGUUUUGAAUGGCCUAUGCAUUAUUUGUGGUGCAUACACAAGUGUGGAAAAAACAGCUCACUUCUCACUCUGCACCAUUAAGUGAGAAAAAAGUUUUUUUUUUUUUUUUUUGCUUUUAAAGGCAAUUUAUCCAAAUCUGA